AUGGCAUUCGACAAGGUCCGCCAGUACUUGAGCGCCGAGUAUGCGCCUGGAGAGCGCAAGCUCCUCCAGAAGUGUGACUUCUUCAUUUUGACGUUCUGCUGUCUGAGCUACCUGGUGAACUAUCUUGACCGCUCCAAUCUCAACAAUGCAUACGUCUCCGGCAUGAAGGAAGAGCUGGGGUUCGUGGGAAACCAGCUCAACCAGAUCAACACGUGCUUCACUGUCGGUUACGUCAUUGGACAGGUCCCGUCCAACCUAUCCCUUCAUUAUGUGAAGCCGAAGAUCUGGUUCCCACUUAUGAUGGUCGUCUGGGGCGCCCUGACGAUGUGCACCGCGAGCGUCCACAGCCCGCAGUCGAUCAUGGCCAUCCGGUUCCUCCAGGGUAUCGCCGAGGCAUCGACCUUUGUCGGCACGCACUACAUCCUGGGCGCGUGGUACACGGAGCGCGAGCUCGGCAAGCGCAGCGGCAUAUUCACGGCCUCGGGCCUCGCCGGCACCUUCUUCGGCGGCUUCAUCCAGACGGGCAUCCACAGCAGCAUGGACGGCCUGCACGGUCUCAGCGGGUGGCGCUGGCUCUUUAUCAUCGACGGCCUGCUGACCAUCCCCGUGGCCAUCUACGGCUUCCUGUGCUUCCCCGACACCCCGCACACGACGACGGCCUUCUACUUCACCGAGGAGGAGAAGGCCCUGGCGCGGUCGAGGGUGCCCGAGAUCCAGGAGAAGUCCCCGCUCACGCUCCGGUUCAUGAAGAAGGUGCUCACCUCGUGGUACUGGUGGGGGUUCGUCAUGCUCUGGAUCAUCGCCGGUGAGACCGAGUCCUUCAGCACCAACGCGCUGCUCGGCCUGUACAUGAAGAGCCACCCGGUGAGCAAGUACACGGUGGCGCAGCUCAACAACUACCCGACGGGCGUCGCGGCGGUCGGCAUCGUGUCGACGCUCUUCUGGGCGACGCUGACGGACUUCCUCGGCGGGAAGCGCUACCUCGUCGCCUACUUCAUCGGCAUCACGGGCGUGGCGACCUCGGCCAUGAUCCUUGCGGCGGCGCGGGACCCGAAGAGCGCGGCGUCCACGUCGGUCGUGUUCGGCGCCUACUACUGGGCCGGCGCCGUGUACGCAUGCCAGGCCACCUUCUUCGCGUGGUGUAACGACGCGAUGCGGUACGAGGAGUCCGUCUUCCGCGGCGUCGUGCUGGCGGGCAUGAACCUGGGCAGCAACGCCGUCAACAGCUGGUGGAGCAUCAUCUUCUACGGCGCCUCCAUGGCCCCGUGGUUUACCAAGGGCAUGUGGGCCAUGAUCGCCACCUCCAUCGCCUUGGUGGUCUGGACCAUCGGCCUCACCUACAUGGCGCGCCGAGAGGAAAAGCGGAGAGUGUUGACCGCGGAGGUGGGUGAAUCGGGGUUAAUUGUCAAGAAAGUCGAUGCGAAGGACGACAACGAUGCCGUUUGA